UCAUCAUCAGGAGGAAGUUCUUCGAAGAUCAAGGCGCCCGAAGUGAAUUGACCCCCUCAAAGAAGACUUUAUCCCGGGAUAAAACGGACGAUGGCCGACAAUAUCCCGAAAGAGACAGCAGCCAAAGAUUCUUCUGGGUCAGAGAAAGAGACCCAAGAGACAGCAGCUCCAGCUCAGGACACGGCAUUUCUGCCUGAAAUCCGCCUGGUGGUGUUAGGAUGGAGGUGGCCGGGGAAGAGCCUGACAGCCAACACCAUCCUAGGCAGAGAGGAGUUCCACCUGGAACGAGCGGCCGAGUUCUGCGUCACCAGGGAGACGGAGAUAGAUGGCCGCCAGGUGGUAGUGGUGGACACUCCCGGCUGGUUCUCUGCGCAGGACACCCCACCCUCCUACAAACAGGAGCUGGUCAGGGGGGCCUCUCUUUGCCCUCCGGGUCCUCACGCCUUCCUGCUUAUCAUCCCCGUGGGCAUGUUCACGGAUGUCGACCGUGCACGCAUCGAAGAGAAUGUCAGCCUCUUUGGGGAGCAUGUGUGGAAUCACACAAUCGUGGUGUUCACCUGGGCGGAGGUGUUGAAGAAGAUCACCCUGGAGAGAUACAUUCACAGGGAGGGCAAAGAUCUGCAGUGGGUGUUGAGGAAGUGUAAGAAGAGGUUCAUACUUAUUAACAACAACAUCUUCGGGGAGAAUCCCCAAGUGGUAAAGUUAAUGAAGAAGGUUGAGAAGAUGGUGGUAGAGGAAAGGGGCCACUACAGUUCAGAGGUGAAAGAGAAACCUUUGGAUGUGAACCAGAAUCCAGCCAGGCUGGCGCAGGAGCUGGGAGCCCGACCCAAACAGAACUCUGGACUGAACCUCUCGAAGGCCUCGGAGGCAGAGCAGACCUGCAAUUAAUGACCCCCUGCAUGCUGAUGGAAUCGACUUCUGACAGAGACACAUAGAAAAAGGCAUAACUGUAAAAGAACUGUUACUGACUGUAGAAAAAUGUAUGAAUAUAUCAUAUUUAAAGUAAUACUGAGGUAUAUUCUUUAGGUCUUUUUAGCAAAUGCGUUGUCCAAAGAUAAUUAUUUUUUUAUCCUGGUAUUUUAUUUGGAUUAAUUAGUGUAUAUUUUGAGUAGAGGGAGUUGGUGUUUUACUAUUAAACAAAGAAGUACAGGCUGUUACACACAGAAAGCGGCCGUCAUUAUCUUCAAACUGAGCACUCCUUAAAAUGGCCGACACUGACAACAGGAUUGCACUACUAAACUGUCACCAUUAUUCACCGUUGAUGAGCAGGUCGAUUUUUUUUUCAGAAAAUUCCCUUCUUAUGUGACCAAAUUGUGAAUAGUUUAGUUUUGCUGCAAUGUUUCUUCCACUUGUCUGUGUACUGUAAAGCACUAAUGCAGUUAUUGACUUUUCCCUGCAAAGUGUUGCCCUAAAGCACUGCUUGUGUUUACUUUAAACAGAUGUUUAUAGUAAAUUAUGAGAGAGGCGGUAGUUUUUUGGGGGAAAGUGUGACCGACUUGUACAUUUUUUUUUAACCUUUCUGAAAUCCCAAUUGUCUUGUUAUUAUGUUAACAUUUCUGGUUACUUUGUGCAUGUUCUCUUUUUUCUAUUGUAAAUGAAUUAUCUUUUACUUUCUGAAACAAUAAAUGAUUUUAAGGCA